UGUAACUUGUAUGGUGUUUUUCAGAUUCGUUGUGUUCGUCGUCAGAUUUGCAGGUUAUUAAGUUGAAGCAUCCUAGAACUGGCACCCCAGCAGUUUAUGUUUUAGAUCAUAAUCAAAUGAAAGUUUUUGAAAUGAUAUCCUUUGAUGAGGGCCAUAGAUCAUGGUUUAUUGGCUCAAAAGUGAUGUCUGAUGGCAGGCUAUAUCUGGUUUCUCCCAUUGAUGUUACAUACCUAACUCUUCCUUAUUUAAUCACGGCUGAAAAAAAUGUCCCAAUUGAUCAUCUGUUAGAAGAUACAGACUACCCAGAUAUUAAGCAUCUGGCAUCUUUAGCAAAAACUAAAGAUUUUUCACAUGUUGCAGAUCAGAAAGGAUCUCCAGAUUUGGGAGUCUGGCGUUACAAUGAGGAAUUAACAUUGAACUGGCUUAGCAAUAAAGUGGAAAAGCUGUCUGUGUUACUACAAGAUAAAAAGAUUCCAACCUCAGCGGCCCAGAGUUUUACUUUUGUUCGUACAGCCAGUCUGGAACAUACUCAAGAGGCUUACAAAGUAUUAGCUCAUGGUAUCAUAGCAGACUACCUUCCAGAAGAGCUGUCAAAGGUCUUACAUAGGCAUCUUGAAUUGCCUGAAAUUACCAAUAAACAGAAAACAUCCAAAGGAACUGAGAAUGAACCGCCAUCAAAGAAGCAAAAAGUGGAAGGACCAAUUGAAGAUUACUCUAAAGGAAAGGUUGAAGGAGAAAAGAAUAAGACGCCUCAGACAGCAAAAGCCAAAGCACUUGCAAAGUCAGCAGCAGGAACAAAGAAUAUCAUGGCCUUUUUUGGGAAGAAAUAGUUGGAUUUUAUACUGGGUCUUAAAAUAAAUGUUCAAGUUUUC